AAAAGGAAAAGGAAGCUGGUCUGCCGCCAUUUCACGUGAAAAGCAGCGCGGUUAGACUACCACCGAGUGGUUGUAUUUUCAUAACUUAGAUUGAUUUGGCGAAGGUUAACCUUCUUGCCAUUUUGAAGUCAAAGAUAUUUUUAUUAAGCUAUAGAGGCCUCACAGUUUCAGUCUUAGCAGCCUCGCUCCGUUGCUUGGAAACGACCAAGAAAAAAUGAGUUACGGUAGGCCGCCGCCAGACGUCGAAGGGAUGACCUCCCUCAAAGUGGACAACCUGACUUACAGAACUUCUCCCGAGACUCUCCGACGAGUUUUUGAGAAGUAUGGCCGGGUGGGGGACGUGUACAUUCCCCGGGACCGGUACACCAAAGAGAGCCGCGGUUUCGCCUUCGUGCGUUUCCUCGACAAGCGCGACGCUGAAGACGCAAUGGACGCCAUGGAUGGCGCGCUGCUCGACGGGCGCGAGCUGCGGGUUCAGAUGGCCCGAUACGGACGCCCACCGGACUCGAUGUAUAGUCGGAGAGGUGCUCCACCGCGCAGUCGCUCAACCAGUCCCCGCCGUCGCAGACGAAGCCGCAGCCGCUCCAGGAGCAGAAGCCGUUCCCGAUCCAGGAGCCGUAACCGUUACAGCCGCUCCAGGUCUCGUUCCUACUCCAGGUCUAGAUCGAGAUCCAGGUCCAAGUCCAAGUCGAAGUCCAAAUCCAAGUCCAGAACGCCGAGACGGAGCAAGUCCAAGUCUCCUUCCAGAUCACGGUCUCGCUCCAGGUCCAAAUCCCGUUCCAAGUCCAAGUCGAGGAGUCGAACCCCGGGUUCCAACAGGGGGUCAAAGUCCCGAUCCAGGUCUAAGUCCAAGAGUGGACCUAAAUCACCGGGAAACAACGAAGCAGAGCCUUAACCCAAAUGUGGACGCAAUAUGACGGUAUUCAGGGGAAGGGUUGAUUUAUUUUAUUCUUUGUAUCUAUUGAAAUGUUGUUUAUUUCUUAAAUUUGUGUUCUGCAGUCUUUACGCUUCAAUCAAGUGGCAAAGUCUGCAGAAUACUGUUAGAACUUUGUUACAUGUCUAGUAUUAGCUUUGUGUGUGCUUUAUUUUGAAACUUUUUUCCCAGCCAAUUUAAAGCGCACACAGGCAGUAGAAGAUUUGGUUUAAAAAGCAUCAUGAUAAAAAUGGGGUGCUCACAUUUGUAUUGAUGUGUUUGGGGUGGGAGGCGGGUGGUUGGGAUGUGGAAUGCUUACUCAAACCGUUCACCUAAAUGUGGAAUUCUUUCCUCCAAGCUGCUGAGUCCUGUUUGCAAAGAGAGGAGGAGGAGAUGGGGGUGUUGCAGUGUGAGAGCAGUUAGUGUGUGACCCGCCCAUGUGACCUGCCUGUUGCUGAGAGCCAUUGCAGUUGCUAAGGAGCAGGUCACCGAGGCAACGGUGGUUGCUAUGAAGCAGGUCGUCAUGGCGGUGGUUCGGGCUGUCAAUUGGUGUAUGAGGUGGUGUGGUGAGGUACGUUCUCGCGGGGCACACAGGCAGAUGCACUGAGCAGUUUACCCACCUGUGCCUGUGGUUUCCGCCGCCUCACAUAAAGGGAGCCGACCCCGAGGUUUGUUUUUCCCAAUAUGCCCGGGUGCAAGACCCUUGUUAGAGCUAGUGUGGGAAGAAUUGGGGCCAGGAAACAUGUAAAAUAAGGAAGUGAGUUAUUGAGUAAAAUGUUAACGUCAGAUUUCUUAACUGUCAGGACAGAGAUCAUGCAAUAAAUAUUCAGAUCAGCUGCAGGAAUUGAUACCAGCGUCUAUUUUUGCUCUUGGUGACUUAAGUUCUGUUUUUCCUUCCAGAUCUUGCAUUGAGCCUUGGAGGACAUCCGGAACAGCCUCACGUUUUGGCAAGAAUACUCCACUAUUGCCACUGAAUGCAGACUGAAAGGUUAAUUGGAUCUUGGUCUAAAAUGUUUUAAGUGUUUAAGUUCCUUUGUAAUCUGUUGAGACAAAUUCUGUAACUUUGACAUCAUUUGUAAAGCUGAGUAUAUUGAAAGGGAUUUAUGGGGUAUUUUUUAAUUUACUGUUUUUGGGGUGGGCUUUUUCAUUGAAUUUGCAAGUAAUAAAUUCCUUUGAAACAAAAUAUAAUUUUCAGCAGGCUCUGUUCAUUUUUUGAAUAUGAAACUUAUUUGAAAAGUUGAUGUAGGAAAUGAUGUCUUUUUGUUUUCAGUAUUUACAGCUGUAUUGCCACUCACUGGGGGAGGGAAAUGGCUUAGUGUAAUGUGACAUAAAAGCCAUUUAAAUUUGUGAUUUGCUUAAUCCAGCAACAUUUUGUUUCUGCUUUUUUCUGUCUAGUUCAAGUUGCUUUCCUAUGACUCUAACCCUCUUUCUUGUGUAUCUUUUGUGCACUAGGCGCAGUUGUGUAGCAGUUGAGUAAUGCUGGUUAGCUGUUAAGAUGCGGUGCAGUGCGGUGGUGACAUGGUGUGGCGUGUUGCGGUGCUGAGUGCCCGGUGCAGUUCCGGGGCUCGACCCUUCGCUGCCGUUUGCCGGUUUGUAAGCUCACAGGUGUGGCAGAUCAUCCAUCCUCUCCUGUCUGUGACCUCUACUUCCCUACAUGUGCUGUACAUAUUGUCUUCUAUCCUCUUUACCCUUCCUUCUCUUCUGUGUCCCAGCGUCCACCUUCCUUCUGUGGUUUAUCCACUGAAUUGGUCUUGCUUGCUUUGAAAAUCUAGCCCAGUGGGACACCAAGAGAAGGGUUAAUGGGCAGUUAAUGGCUUCUUAUGAAAUCUUUUGAAUCGCAUUCUUCUGUGUACCUCAAAUGUCUUGUAACUGCAUCAAAUAAAUGCUAAUAAAGGGUUUUGUUGGAAUU